GCUGGAUCCGGACAUCCAAUGAGGACCGCCUCCUGCAAUUUACCGGAGCCCAGAUCGUCGUGAGCGACCCAUCCACUCGACCGGAGAAAUUGCGCAGAAGCUAUUUUUUUUUGCCGUCUGCAGCAUACACGAUGAAGCCACCCGUGGCCGGCGCCGGGAGGCCGUUUACUUGCCUGCGAUGCCUCGUCCAAUCCUCCCCCGGGCGGCCGGCCAUCGCGGCCCGCUGCCGCUCGCGGAAUCCGCAGAUAUUACCAUCAGCUCCCUACCAUAGCACGCGCGCGCUCCAACAAAACGCCCCGGCGUACCCAACCUCCCCGGAGGUCCAGCAGCCCCCCCCCCUGCGACAACCGACCACGGCCCCGAAGGCUGUCCUCGACAUCAAGCACAUCCGCCAGAAUCCCGAUCUCUACGCAGAGAACUGUCGCCAGCGGAACUACCACGCCGCUGCCGCCUACCCCGCUCGCAUCAACGAGCUCUUUGCCCAGUGGCAAGCCAAGCAGCGCGAGGGCCGCAGCCUGCGCGAGCGGGGCAACCUCCUCCGCCGCCAGCUCGCCAACCCGGGGACGACCCGCGACGAAGCCGAUGAGGAAGCCGCCGGGUUGCGCUCCCUGUCGCGCGAGCAGCUGCUCGAGGAAGCGCGCAAGGUCAAGACGGAGCUGAGCGCCAUCGAGGAGGCCGAGUCCGCCCUCUCGGCCGAGAUGCAGCGCCUCGCCCUCGCCAUCCCCAACCUCACCAGCGACGCCACCCCGCGCGGCAGCGAGCCCACCGUCCUGAGCUACAUCAACGACCACCCGAAAACCGCCAGCCCCGACUCGUCCGACCGCGUCUGGCGCUCCCACGUCCACAUCGGCGCCGAGCUCGGCAUCCUCGACUUCGCCGGCGCCGCCUCCACCUCGGGCUGGGGCUGGUACCACCUCCUCGACGAGGCCGCGCAGCUCGAGCAGGCCCUCGUCAACUACGCCCUCACCGCCGCCACCCGCGCCGGCUGGCGCCAGGUCAGCCCCCCGAGCAUGGUCUACUCCCACAUCGCCGGCGCCUGCGGCUUCCAGCCGCGCGACGUCAACGGCGAGACCCAGAUCUACACCAUCGCCCAGGACGCCGACGACGCCGCGCGGGGCAGGCCGGAGCUCUGCCUCGCCGGCACGGCCGAGAUCCCGCUCGCCGGCAUGAAGGCCGACACGGUCCUGGACGAGGCCGACCUGCCGCUCAAGCGCGUCGCCGCCUCGCGCUGCUUCCGCGCCGAGGCCGGCGCGCGGGGGGCCCUGACCAAGGGCCUCUACCGCGUGCACGAGUUCACAAAGGUCGAGCUCUUCGCCUGGACCGGCCCGGACGCCCACGCCGUCGGCGACGUCUUUGACGAGAUGGUCGACCUGCAGACGGAGCUGCAUGGCUCGCUCGGCCUGCACUGCCGCGUCCUCGAGAUGCCCGCCGCCGACCUGGGCGCCUCGGCCACCCGCAAGUGCGACAUCGAGGCCUUCUUCCCCUCCCGCCGCGACCGCAACGACGGCUGGGGCGAGGUCACCAGCGCCAGCAUCUGCACCGACUACCAGACCCGCCGCCUGGCGACGAGGCUCAAGCUCGCCGGCGGCAAGCUGGUCUAUCCCUGGACCGUGAACGGCACCGCCUUGGCCGUCCCCCGCGUCCUGGCCGCCAUCUUGGAGAACGGCUGGGAUGAGAGCGAGAAGACCGUCACCAUUCCCGAGGUUCUGAGGCCGUGGAUGGAUGGGAAGGAGAAGAUUGGGCCGAGGCAUCGUUAAGAGGUUAACAAGUCUUUGUACAAAAACUUAUCGGCAUGGCACUUGGUGGUGUUGUUGUUGUUGUUGCUGCUGUUGCACUUAUGUCCUGUACCAACACAACGGAUGCACUUGGAUGCAAUGUAUGGAGCAAGCGAGAUAGCCAAAGUAAUUCAUAUUCGUCAUCUCAUUGAAACUAUUGACACAAGACGAGAAAAAUCCAUCCUCAACCACCAGCAUGGCCUGCCAAAGCGUCCCAAUACCGCCCGUUCCCGUGGCAUAAUCCUUCCUGACUAAAGU